AACGAAACACGACACCCCGAUAGAAGAGGAGGAGGAGGGGGCAGACGGGAGAGAGAGAGAGAGAGUUGCACGGAGUGAGUGGAAAAAGAAAAAGUCCGUGGAAAGAGAGGGAGAAAAGUGGAUCGGGCAUUUCUGCCUUCUAGUUUGUUUUGAUUUUGUCUGAUUCGCCUCGUGUUUCAACGUAAAGGCUUGAAUAUGCAACUUCGAAGCGUGUAUGAAGUAAUCAGGAGUUCAGCACGGACACGGUCCUCCUCCAUCGGCACGACGCGCUCCGAUAUCUGACCGUAAAAGAGCGAGUCUGUCCGGCCACAAGGCAACAACGUCCUCCACGUUGGGGAGGACAAACAAAACACGAAAACUCCAAACAAACCGGGGGAGGACGAGCGAAGGGGCUGGAUUUGAGGAGGAAAAGUUUACAGAGGAGUUUUGUGUGCGAUCCUGAGCUCACCGAGAGGAAGAAGUUAAUUUCAUCUCUCUCUCUAUCUUUCUCACUCACUCUCUUUCUCAGUUAGCUCGACUGCUAACGAAGCGGCUAUACUCUCCAACAUGAAGACCCCGGGCGAUACGGGGUUUGCCUUCCCAGACUGGGCCUACAAGCCGGAGUCGAGUCCUGGUUCCAGACAGAUCCAAUUGUGGCACUUCAUCCUGGAGCUGCUGCGCAAGGAGGAGUACCAUGAUGUCAUCGCCUGGCAGGGGGAUUACGGCGAGUUCGUCAUCAAAGACCCGGACGAGGUGGCACGACUGUGGGGCGCCCGCAAGUGCAAGCCCCAGAUGAAUUAUGACAAGCUCAGCCGAGCGCUCAGAUAUUACUACAACAAAAGGAUCUUGCACAAGACCAAAGGGAAAAGAUUCACCUACAAGUUCAACUUCAACAAGCUGGUGCUGGUCAACUAUCCGUUCAUUGACAUGGGCUCUGCAGGUUCUGGUGUUCCACAAAGUGCUCCACCUGUCCCAUCCGGAGUUAGCACUCACUUCCGCUUCCCUCCAUCCACGCCAUCGGACGUCCUCUCUCCUAGCGAGGAACUGCGCAGUCCAGGUGUCUUCAGUGCUGUGCCUCGACGCAUAGCUCGUGGCUCUGUGUCCGACUGCAGCGAUGGCACCUCCACCAACUCGGAGCUUGAAGAAACUGGCAUGGCUCCUGGCGAUGACCGCCCGGCUGACCGUGCCUUUAGAAAUCUGCUCCAUCCACGCUUGUCCCACGACUCCUUGUUCCGUGUCUACGGUGCACCACCCAACCCAACUGGGCUCACCAGGAGCGGGCCCCAUGUGCCCACUCACAGGGUCCACCCUGAUUCCUUGUCCCCAUUCCCAGUGUCCCCUCUCCCAGGCCCUGGAGGCUUGCUGGGUCCUGCUCUUUCACCAGCUCUCUCCAUGACCCCUACAUCUCACAUGCCCUACACACCUUCUCCAUCCCUUUCUCCCAUGCUGGGCUCCCACUUCUCGUUCAAUCCAGAAGACAUGAAGCGCUAUCUUCAAGCUCACACUCAGAGUGUCUACAACUAUCAUCUGAGUCCCCGUGCUUUCUUGCACUACCCCAACAUUAUCAUCCCCCAGCCCCAACGCCCAGACAAGGGACUGGGAGGGCCAGUGGGUGUAGGUCCACACCUGUCAAGUCACCCUCUGCACCACCAGGCUGAGGAGACUCAUCUAUCUCCUUUCAAGUUUAAGUUACAGCCACCACCACUGGGCCGCAAACAGAGAGAAGGGCCAACCUCAACUGGAUCAGGACAUGCUCUGAAUUCUGGAAGUGCUGCUGCUUCUUUCUCGUACAGUGGGGAGUCUGGUUCGUCCUCAAACUCUGCCUCAUCUGGAAUGAUGACCAACAAUUCAACCCCAGGUGGUCCACCAAAGAUCAAGGUUGAGCCCAUCUCAGACAUGGAGUCGGAGGAAGAAGUCGAGGUCACCGACAUCAGCGAGGAGGAGCAUGAAGAUGAUGAAUGUGAUGUCUUUUCCCCUCCCCACCCCAAUGGUGGCCUUGCCCCUCCACCCAUCCACGAUCGUAUGACAGAUGAUGACGAUCUUGAGGAAGAUGUCUUCAAGACCCCAGCUGCCCCUACCUCAGGGGUUGGGCAGAAUCUUCUAGGUCUAAAAGCAGAACCCAGGGAGCUAAACCUGGGCCAGGGCGCUCCCAUCAGCCCUGGGGGUACACUCUGCAUCCCUCUGAAGCUGCGUUUUAAACGCCGCUGGAGUGAGGACCAGCGGAUGGAGGCGGGAACCGAAGAGGCUGAGGACAAGAAGAGCAGGGCAGAGAGGGAGGAGCUUAACCAGGAGGUGGAGCCCAAACUGGGGGAGGAAAAUGGAGACCGGAGGAGUCCGGAGACUUUAGUUGCACCCCUGGGGACAGGCCAGAGGAGGGUGAGCUCUGAGCUGCAGCGAGCAACGGCACAGUUGUCUUUAGAAAACAACGUUUGCUGAAGUGGACGUGGUCAAACACACAAACUUAGCAAAACAGAGCUGUCCUCCUUACAGGCUGAAGGCAACUGUUGCUCUCAGAAGUUAUGUGAAGACCAUCCGUUCAGCAAGUUAUGAUGCCCAAACCAUCUUUCAAACUUCUGUACAUGCAGGUUCACUCUCUUCAAGAUGUUGCAACACUAAAAAUUAAUACUGACAUCUUUUUUUCAUGCAUUUUAAGUAACCAGGCCCUUUCCACAAGUUUAGCCAGAGUCCCUUGCUUACUGAACCCAUUCCUUUCUGUUUGCUGUGUUAGACUAACACCAUCCCACUAGUCUCAUUGAAGUCUUGGACACUUUUCCCCCCAAGAAGCUCCCCGUUAGGAUCAACUCAAUACCUGUUUAAACAAAAUCAAGAGAUUACAGAAGUGCCUAAACCAGAUGUUGAUGCACCCCUGUAAAACAUCAGUAGAGAUGGUGAUAAUGAAUAAUUAGAUUGUGAUAAGUGUUUUUUGGCUUGUCACGGGCAAGUGGACAUUUUCACUAUUAAACAGACACUCUUGGAUGAAGUGAAUGCAGGAAAGAUCCUGCAACUCCCCCCCCCCCA